CUCUUCUUCAUUCUAGUUUACAUUUAUAGAUGGAGAAAUGGCGGUAGACAUUUUGUAAACAGGUGGUGAACUGUUUACAGAUGAGAAGUCAGCAUGGAUUUGGACUACAAGGCCAUCCUUACAGAGGAGAUAGCUUUGGAAGGACUCGAUGGUAUAACCUUACAAGCACUAUGGGUGAGACUAGAAAACAGGCCCAACUUCAAAAUGAGGCUUGAUGAGGGAAGUCAGGAGUUCCUCUGGAGGUGUAUUCUCUCCAUACCUGACCUGGAGUUUUACCGCCUGCCAUCACCCAGGGGAGUCCUCAACCCAAAAUUACCAAUCGUCAUAGAUCCAGAAUCUGGAGUAACUGUGGAUUUCGAUAUGGGGGAGGAGUUGUACCCAAUCAAAAUCAUCCAACACGAAGGCCCUAUCAUUGGCUCCUGUUCCACCUAUGACAGCAGGCAAUGCGUUACCAUGGAGAUCAAAGCAGACAAUUGUGGAACUUGGCCUACAGCCAAAGAUGUGACCGAGAAGUAUGGGAUGAGUCUGGUGAUGGUGGCCUCCCAGGAGCAGAGGUUUACUGCCUUGUGUGGGGACGAGCUGGAGCCGAACAGCUUGUACAGUCUGACACCGGUCAACUUCUGUAUUCUGGAGCGAAUCGGCAGGUCGCGUAGGGUCGGCGAGCUGUCCAUCGGAGAUUCCAGUCUACAGGUGUUCAACAUCCAACCCAAGUCCAUGUUUUACCACACGCUCUGUCUGAUCAAGCUGGGCUUAGUCAAAAAACAGAGCAUCACAGUGUAUAACAAGAAGGGACAGAACUCGCUACGGCGCUUGUUUCACCUGACCCGAUUUUACCAGCAGUAUCAGUCGAAAUACACCAUCCUGACCAACAUAGUGGCCACCUAUCUAAACAAACAGCCAAUGAAACGACAGGAAAUCCACAAGACCAGAGAGCAAUGCGGAAUAGACCAGAAGAGCUUAAAGAAGCUGUACCAGACAUCAAAGAGGUUCAAAGUCUACAGUCUCUCAUACAAGCAAGUUCACCCGGACAGUCCCGAGAGCCAGUGGUACACAAAGAAAUGUGAAUUAAAAAUGGUCCGUGUCAUUGAAGUCCUGGAAGAGGAAGAAAGUGACGUGGAAGAUGAUGAAGACAUCAAGAUGGAUGACACUGCCAAAGAUGACACUGUUUUUCCCCAACUGGUAGAGCCGUCGUUUUUGCGGCAGGCUUAUGCAGUGUUGGAGGCAGCGGGAACAGAUGGUGUCUCUAACAGCAAAAUGAUGAAGAGGCUGACGAUUGACGGGCUGGAGGUGCGGAUGAUCAUCCGGACCAUGGAACGCCGCGGCCUCAUCACCUCACUGAUGACGGAGGUCGGCAAACAGAAGAAAAAAGUGAGCGUGUCCAAGACGUACGUGGAGGGGAACAAGCUGAUGAACCAGAUCAACAAAGAGAAGGAGAAACUCAAACAGUCUCUACAGGACAUCAACGACAAACAGAGGGCAACAGCAGAAGCAUCAAAGGCUUCCAAUGAUGUCAAAAGUGAAAGUGACAAAACUGAAAGUAAGGCUAAGUCUGCUGGUAAGAAGAAAGGAGGGUCACCUAAGAAGAAAGAGAAAGUUAAAGCCAUUGAGGAGGAAGUUAGUGGCAUCGUCAAUAAUGUUGGGAGACACAAAAGACACUUCAAAACCGAUGUCAGUGCCACGUGUCAGCAGAUGAAGAGAAUCAACAUGAUCCUGGACAUUAUCAAGGAGAACAAAAUCGUGGAUGGCGUCUAUCCAAUUGUCAAGUUAAUUCGGGAGAAGGAGCGAGAGGAGAACGCUUACAUGGUGGACAAGAAGACGGUGAUGAGGCUGAUUGCCAUAUUGGUCAAGGAGAAGAAAAUCAACAUCAUCAACACCGUGCUGUUGGACGGCAGCAAGCAGAAAAACUUACAGAUGUUGCUGAGUAAAGAAGUGGAGCCCACAGACCAGAUAGUCAAAUCCCUCAUAGACCAGGCACACAUGAAGUUCCAGGCCGUCAACAAGGAACAGCUGGCCAAGAAGAACGCCAGGACCCGGGGCAUCCCAGAAAACAGCAAUAUCCCCGAGACGGCCAGGGAGGGGAUUCUCCAGAUCAUGUCUCACCGCAGCAAGCUGAAGGCUGAGGACAUGAUAUACGACGUGGCGUACUCCAAGCAGUAUGACUUUCGCCCCAAGUAUUCCCGAGCCAAAAUCCUUCACAGCCUUCUCUGGUACUUGGUCUACGAUUUCCCAGAAUCCUCUUGGCCACUCACUGACCCAGAGGGAGGGGUAGGUACCCCUCCCUGUCCCCCGGUCAGCUCAGGCGACAAAGAGAUUGAGGAAGACGUUUUUGUGCUGAUAGACAAAAUUCCCAAGCCCUCGGUAUAUAAGGACGAGAUGUCAUGGAAACGCUUCCUGUCCCCACUACCCAGACACAAAGGCUAUGACGAGGGGUGGUUCCUGGCCAGCGAUAUCCUACUGAAGCUCCCCGUGGUGAUCUUCUGUAACGUCAUCUACAUACCAUACAGGGUCCGUGGACUGAGAGAGUUGUUAGACGACCCGGAGAAGCGGUUUUAUCCAAUCGUCAGCCUGCCCACCCCCAUCACCCAGCAGCUACUGUACGCCAGGAAGUACAUCUUCUCCUUCUUCAACGACUGUGUCGUCCUGUGUAACAUGGGGCUGUUGUCUAUAGGACCACAGAUCAUGAAGGAGAAAGAUAAGGUCUUUUUCUACCUGCACAAGAAAGCAAGCCUCCUGGACACGAAGAACUCAAGGCCUGGUUACUGUAUGAUCAAUAUGGAGAGCCCACCCGAUAUACUGGAGUACAACUUUAUCUCCCAGUCCCUGGUGGAUCAGUACUGGGUCGACCUACGCCAUAUAUCUAUCAACAGUCACCUGGGCUGUAAGAAUAAGCGUGACGAGGAAGAGGCUGUCACUGUGAACUCGGCUGUGGUCCCCUUGCCUGAUGCUCGCUCGAGUGUGAAAGUCGAGGAGGUGAAGGACGAUGGAUUUGUUCCUGGGGACAAACGCGGGGCAGCAGGUCUCGACUCCAGCCUCUAUCUCCAUCUUUACAGAAACUGGAGUGGACUCUACAGUCUUAACAAACAGAACAAGUUGCGUGAGAAAAAAGUGCAAGUUAAAAUUGAGGGGACAAGGUUUGCCAAGAAGAAUAACUUUGCCACUCUACAGAAAGUCCGCAGCGGUCUGGCUGGAGUCCUUCCCCGACCCAAGGAGAGAGUCUCACUACAUACCAAAGAGAAAUCUCCUGAAAUAAUUCGAGUCUCCCUUACCACCAAUGUAAAGGGCAACAAGGGAGGGAAGGGGGUCAAACGCAAACCUGCAUCAACAGAUUCAAAUAGCAGCGUCCCAGCAAAGAAAGCCAAAACUAUACUGAAGAAAGUAAAACAGAAGAAGGUCAAGCCUAAAUUAAGGAAAUUUAUCUACGAUGAAAUUGACAUUGAGGCGUACAAGAAGAAGAAAGGACAGAGAGUGUCGUGGAGUCCAUACGAGGACAGCCUGCUAUUGACCAGUAAGAUAGCUACCCUGGUCAUGGACAAGAAGAGGCGCGGAGUGCUCAUUCCCUGGUCCUACAUCAGAGACGUGCUCUAUCACUACGCCCCCCAGGAGUCUGUAGAUAAAACCUCCUCAGCGUGUCAGCGACGAGUGACCCACUCCCUGAAAAACCCGUCCACCAAACAAAAUCUGCUGAUUUAUCUGUCAGAGGCCAUGCAGGACCCGUAUGUGAAGGAGUUCUCACAGAAGCAGUACUUACAGGCAUCAGAGCACGCCUGUAAAGAGUUCCGUACUCUGGUCGAUUACCUCGUAACCAAGUUCUCAAAUGUUGAGCUGCAAAAGACAUUUAUGCCAGCAUCUCUGGCUCAGGUGAAGGACUAUGACAUCACAUCUAUGACCCACUUCAACCUGCGGAAAAUUACCCCACCUAAGGAGCCACGAAGCAGGGCAGACAUCUUGGAAUAUGUCGCCAAGGACAUCAUACAUAGUUUUGUGUCCAGUGCCUAUGACAAGCAGGGCAGGAGUCAUCAAAUGUUCAAACUCCUUAGCCAGUACCCUGACAGCAUACUGGACAAAGCCAUUGAUAAGCUCAAAUAUGAUGGGGUCAUCGUCCAAAACAAGAAGAAAGAGAAGCUGAGACCUGUGGACUCUGGAACAAACAACCUUAAGUUGUCUCAAAAGUAUCACUACAGGUUUCAUUCUCGUUACCCUACCUCCAUCUAUAAUAACACUCUCACGGCCAUCAAGGAAAUAGUGAAUACGUACCCAUAUGAAGACAACUCUUCUCCAGAGUCAAUAGAAAUCAAGGAGAUCAAAAACGGCGGCAUUUGUGCGGCUUUAGUCCAGCUCUUGUAUGGCAGACAGGUAAGCAUAUAUGUGGGUAUUCCCCCCGACAUCGUGAUUCUGGAUCCGCAGUACAGACAGGGCUUCAACCAACACAUGUCCCUGGGCAAGCGGUCGCGACUCCACGAGGUCCUGGACUCGGAUGACGAGGACUAUCCAUUUGACCUUGAUCAGAAAGAGAACCGUCCCAAGGUCUUGGAACAGAACACGGCUUGGGAGUCAACCAAAACAUUUGACGGCCCCUCCCCCUACGUUUACGACGAGGACGGAUCCACCAUUGUUCAGUUCAACACCAGUGACAGAAGCUCCAUUCAAUUUCACUUUGAUUCAAACAUGGAUGAAAACAAGAAAGGCAAGGAGAAAUCCAAGCUGAGCACAGUGUGUGCGUCGCGUGCUCUAGUGACCAUGAGACGGUCCCGUGCGGAGCAGGAUGCGGAUCUAAAACAUUAUAACGUACAAGAUCACUUCCUGAUCCAGGCGUGCAACAUCAAGAUACGGAUCUGUAAAGAUGACGACCAGAAUGAGGCUGACCCUGACCUUGUUUUGAGGGACAUUCCUUAUGAUAGGUCAAAGGCUAGGACAAUAAUAAAAAACGCCCAGCGAUUUGUUCCCUUCCAGUUGGAUUUGGAAGAAGUUUGGUCAUCAGUAGAGCCUGCUUUGUUAGAUAACAUGAAGUCUGUGUACAGACUCAUUCAUGAUGCUGGGGAAAUGGGCAUCUGUUACUUCAAUUUGAAGGAACUAGUCAAUGACUGGGAGGUUUUCCGUGUCUCUAUCGGGCACCUGUUAAACUCAGCCGCGAUCUUGCGUGUAGGGGUAACAGGAGUGAGGUAUGUGUCACUCCCUAACGCUAGAUCCUGGGUGAUACACAAUUUCAGGGACACUAGAGGGCGUGGCCGUCUUCAGCAGACCGUCGUUGACCUGUCCGACGAUAAACUACAUGUUAACAAUGAGGAGACAGGGGACCCUACGGUAGAUCGGAGUGAAAUGAAACAAGAGACGGAAACGGAAAACGCUCCACAACCUGCACCUGUUAAACAUGAAUCUUUGGCCUCUGUCAACAGUGCGGAUGUGGCCGCACGGGAGAAUGAAAACAGAGAAGAACGCUCCACCGCGGAUUGUAGAACUCAAGCCUCGUCAGCAAUGACUCAAACAGAAAAUCCAGAGAGUUCUGAGCGUCAUGGUGAGGCGGAGACGGUAGAUGGAGGGGGUGAUGGGAACUCUAGUCGGAUAGUGGGAGAGGAUAGCGAGCAGUCCAGGGGUAGGCGGAUGACGCGGUCCAGGUCCCCCCGAAAACAGGCCCAGGGGGACACGGUACCAAACACUACCGCUGGACCAAAAGCCUCAAGUACCUAUGACCGGAUCCGGCUACAGAUAUUCCCGUGGAAGAAGCCCGAGGGAUAUCUGAAUAGACCGGUAUAUUCCCAAAUGCUCCAAUCAAUGCUGCUCUACGUCAUCUCCAACCCUGGAAUCUCCUUCAAAAACAUUUCGGGACGUUUCUUGCCGUACCUUUUGCCAUUCCAUGUUAUAGAGCUAUUAAAGGUGCUGGAGGAGGUCGGCUGUGUGACCAAGACUCUACUGUCCCCGGAGCCCGCCCUGUCCCUGUUCUCCCCCUACCAGGCCCCACGGACAGUGGAGGAACCCGAUCUGACUCUAGACGACCAGGCUUAUUAUGAGGCCACUGUGGGUGCCAUUACUAUCCUAGCAAAGUUCGUGGAGCAGCUUAAUAACACUGACUCGGUGCAGCUACACCGCGUCCGCAAAACGACGCAAUCUGACGCUAAUGCCACGCCAUCGCAAAACGACGCAGAAACAGGUGCGUCCAAUCAGCAUGAUGGUGCAGAAACAGGUGCGUCCAAUCAGCAAGUUGGUCAGAGCGUUGAGCAAGAUGGCGGAGAAAUACCGGUAUUUGAACCAGCAUCUACACAUAUCGAAUGUAGUUUGGAGUAUAUACCGGAAUCUGAACAGAAUUUUGUGGCCGGUCAACUUGUCAGUUUAGGCGUUCUGUUACACGAAGGGGGGGAAAUCAAGGGUGAAGUGAUUGAACAGACGGUAGAGGAGAGAGGGGACGGAGUGAGUUCUGAGGAAGCGAUGGACGUCGGUAAACAAGAAGAAUAUGUAGAAGAGGACGUAGAAAUGGGGGACGUCACCUAGCGGUUGUAGAAGUAACUUUCAUUACAGCAGCGCUGUAGUUCUUGGUUACAAUUUACAAUUUAUGUACAUAUGUAAAUACCAUCAAUUCACGAAGAUGUAUUAUUUAUUACUACUUACAUGUUAGUUUUCAUGCUUUUAUUCACUUCAAGUAAAAUGCCAUUGAUAAAAGGAGAUAUACAUGUAUUUAUAUUGAAGAUUCAACUCGUAAUUAAAGUUCCUUUACAAAAUUAUCAAACAAAGCAGCGCAUGAUUUUUUGUCGUUUCAUAUUCACAAGGUAUAAUCCUCCCGUGUGAAUAUUAUUACGGUUAAGACUGCGAAUGGCCUAGAAGAGUAUUUAAUAUUAGUCAAUGUAGUGAGGGUCUAUUUCCCUUAGUUUUACUUAAUAUCUGUGUUUUUUAAAACUUUGAAUUUUAUUGAUACCACAUGUACAUGGGUCUUGACCUGAUUGUUAUAUGGAUGUUGUGUAUAAAAUUAAAAAAAUAUAAAAAA